AUGUCAUCAGUUCUAUUACCAAAUUUAAUCACUAACCAAGAAAAUUCAGAAUGGAUCGUACAAAAAUUUGGAGGAACUAGUGUUGGAAAGUUUUUAGAAGUUAUUGCAGAAAAAAUUGUAAAAAUUUCUUUAAAAUCAAAUCGAAUUGCCAUAGUAUGUUCAGCUAGAAGCGGAGAAACAAAAGCCAAAGGUACAACAAACAGGCUUUUACAAGCAGCGGAACAAACUCAUCUACGAGAUUCCAAAAAAUAUAUUGAUUUAGUUGAUGAAAUAAAAAAAGAUCAUAUUGAAGCAUCAAGAGAUUUAAUAAAAAAUCCAGAAAUUUUAAAGGAUUUGGAAGAAUGUUUAGAAAAAGAUUGUGAUAAAUUAAAAAGUUUUUUGGAAGCUGUUCAAAUAAUUGAAGAAAUAUCAUCACGUUCUAAAGAUAAUAUUAUUGGUGUAGAUGCAAAACUAGUUUGCCUAGAUAAUAUUAUUGAUCAUAACGAAUUUGAUUCAAAUAAUUUGGAUCAAAAUUUUUAUAAUCAUUUAGCAAAUAGAAUUUCAGAAGCUGUUAAAAACAUUAGUUGUGGUCGUGUACCUGUUAUCACAGGUUAUUUUGGUAGAAUACCAGGUGGCCUACUUAAUAAUAUAGGACGUGGAUAUACUGAUUUAUGUGCAGCAUUAUUAGCAGUAGGACUUAAAGCAAAAGAGCUUCAGGUAUGGAAGGAGGUUGAUGGAAUAUUUACAGCAGAUCCACGAAAAAUCACAGAUGCAAGAUUGUUACCGGUAAUUUCACCAGAAGAAGCUGCCGAACUUACAUAUUAUGGUUCGGAAGUGAUUCAUCCAUUCACAAUGGAACAAGUUAUAAAAGCAAAAAUACCAAUCAGAAUCAAGAAUGUUAUGAAACCUUCAAGUGACGGGACAGUCAUUUCGCCUGAAAGUAAUGACUUGCUAAUUUAUCAAGAAUUAUCGUCCGAAAAUAGUUAUCAACAUGAUAUCUGGAGAAAACAUCCUACGGCCGUGACGAUAAAAAAUAAUAUCAUUGUUUUAAAUAUUCAUUCAAAUCGUAAAACGUUAAGUCAUGGAUUUUUUGCUCAAAUUUUUGCCACAUUGGAUAAGUAUGGCAUUGUGGUUGAUUUGAUUUCUACUAGUGAAGUUCACGUUUCCAUGGCGCUCGGUGCUGAUAUUGUUGAAAGAGAUUUAAAUAAAGCUAUAUCUGAAUUGAAAAAAAUCGGAGAGGUUGACAUAUUGGAAGAUAUGGCGAUAUUAAGUUUGGUUGGUAGACAAAUGAAAAAUAUGGUCGGAAUAGCAGGUAAAAUGUUUACCACGUUAGCCUCCUCUAAUGUAAAUAUUGAAAUGAUAUCACAAGGUAAUGGUAUACUUGGCGGAAUUUGUCCUGAAAUGCCAACAACAACAAGCGAAAAUUUAGUACCAGAGUGUUAUAUCAAGUAG